ACAAUAAAUCCCAGACGUCAUCAUCGUGCGACCAGCCUUAAGCGACAGCAAGAAGGAGAAAUGGCUGCAAGGUUACUGCUCCGCACAGCUCUAAGAGCCGCGACAACUUGCCGGGCUGCCCCGGUUCCUGCUCUGACCCGCGGCAUGGCGGCUGGAGGGAUUCCCACUGAUGAAGAACAAGCCACAGGACUGGAGAGGAAAAUCAUGGAAGCCAUGAAGGAGGGAAAGGAUCCCUACAGCAUCAUGAAGCCAAAGCAGUAUGCUGGCACCAAGCAAGACCCCCACCUCGUUCCCUCCAUCACCAACAAGAGGAUUGUGGGAUGUAUCUGUGAAGAAGACAACACGGCCAUCAUUUGGUUCUGGCUCCAUGAGGGUGAGGCCCAACGCUGCCCCUCCUGUGGUGCCCACUACAAACUGGUGCACCAUGAGCUCCCCCACUAACUCCUGUCUGCCUCUGAUAUUAUACAGUUGAUUAUUUGUGGCGUCUUUAAAAUAAAGAGAACUUAGUUCAGACAAUGAAAA